AUGGCGUCGUUUCUGCAAUCGUUGGUAGAUCCAAGGAAGAAUUGGUUCGCCCGUCAGCACAUGAAGGCUGUCUCUCAACGCCUCCGCCAUUACGGGCUUCGAUACGACGAUCUGUACGAUCCCUACUACGAUUUGGACAUCAAGGAGGCUUUGAAUCGGCUACCAAGGGAGAUAGUGGAUGCUCGUAACCAGCGGCUCAAGCGCGCCAUGGACCUCUCCAUGAAGCACGAGUACCUUCCCGAACAUCUUCAGGCACAGCAAACACCAUUCAGGAGCUACCUUCAGGAAAUGCUGGCUCUUGUGAAGAGGGAGAAAGCAGAGCGUGAAGCUUUGGGAGCAUUGCCACUCUAUCAGCGCACCAUUCCAUAA